UGCCCCGGAAGCAGUCGCAGAAGAAGCCUGCUGCCCGGCGUGGAGGCGGCUGUUGAGAGACCGCAAUGUAGAGUUGGUGGUGUAGGAGGGACUGGGCCCCUGCGGACUAAGACCUUUCCGCGUUCUGCAAGGCCCCCUCCCACCGAGUCAGCCUUUCUGGCUUCUGGAACAGUGUUUGCGUGUCGGCCCAUGGCCGAGCCCCGCCCUUCUGACCCCACAGCAUGGCCUUCCCGGACAUGGGUUCGCAGAAAACCUACUUCCAGGCUCAUCGCCAGGAGGAGGUGUCCCCGGUCGAGACCGUUCAGAUGAUUGACACAGAGUACAGCGCAGACACGGUGGAGUGGUGCCCGCUGGAGGGCAUCAGUAACCUGCUGGCCUGCGGCACCUACCAGCUGCAGAUAUUGGAGCCCGAAGCCCAGAAGUCCACCACCCAAUCAGAGUCGAAGGCCAAAGCUAAUAAGCUGGGAAAUCAGGGGAGCAAGUGUGGAUCGAACAUUGGUGAAAUUGUGGAUUCUCAGGUCCGUAUGGGUCGUCUUUAUUUGUAUAGUUUCAAUAAGGAUGUCACUGAUUCCCCCCUCACUGAAAUCCAAAGGAAAGACUGUGCUGCCAUUCUGGAUAUGAAAUGGUGCCCUGUUCGAAUUGCUAACCAGGCUGUCCUGGGACUGGCAGAUGCUAAAGGAUGCAUGGAGCUGCUUAACUUGAUGGAAUUAGAGAAGAACCAUUACAUAUUACAGCCACUUCUUAAGAAAGCCCUGGGACAACACAGUAUUGCAUUGUCUCUAGACUGGUCAAUUGGACAAGGCACAAGGACCACUGGUCAGCCCCUAAGAAUCAUUAGUAGUGAUUCGAGGGGUCACCUCCACUUCCUUGCUGUGGAUAAAUCGGAGCUUUCACUACAUAGUCUGUCAGAUUGGAAGGCCCAUGACUUUGAAGCCUGGAUUGCUGCCUUCAAUUACUGGCAAACAGACAUUGUCUAUUCAGGUGGAGAUGAUGGGCUUCUGAAAGGCUGGGAUACCAGGAGCAAGCUGGAUAACCCUUUGUUUACCAGUAAGAGACAUUCAAUGGGUGUGUGCAGUAUCCAGAGCAAUCCUCACCGGGAGAAUAUUCUGGCCACAGGAAGUUACGAUGAGCACAUUCUCUUAUGGGACACCCGUAAAAUGAACCAGCCAUUUGAUGACACUCAUGUAAAUGGAGGAGUGUGGAGACUCAAGUGGCACCCUGUAUGUCCUCACCUACUUCUGGCCGCAUGCAUGCACAGUGGCUUUAAGAUCCUCAAUUGCCACAAGCCUUUGGAGGAGAGGAAGGAGGGGUCCUUUAUCCCUGUGUCCUAUAAGCUACACAAUUCAUUGGCCUAUGGAGCUGACUGGUCCAGGCUUUGUCUAAACCCCAAUAAGCAAAUUCAACAACAGACUUUUUCAACAUCUGACGAUAAAAGUGACAUCGGGAGCUGGAAAUUAGGUAAUCGGUGGCAUAUGAACAAAGCAUAUCCAUUGUCUGCAACCUCUUUUGAUACAGCAAUCAGCGAAAAGAGUUCAUAUGAGCAAGGCACAAUCUCUAAUGGGAUCAUGAGAGAGACAUCAGACUUUUUUGUCCCACUGGUUACUAAGGAGAGCUCCAGCCAUCUGACUAGUAGGUUAGGGGGAAUGACUCUUGAGGUUGAAGAAGAAACUAGAACAAAAACUGUUGUUAACUUUUUAGCCACAUGUUCCUUUUAUGAUCAUGCCCUUCACCUCUGGAAGUGGGAAACAGGGUCAAUUAAAGAAUAAAUUACUAUGACCAGUUUACAAAUUGGACUUAAAGGACAGACAUUUCCACAAAUGAAUCUGAAAGUACUGGGUUCUUCUUUGUGAGUGAAUUGUACAAGGACUUUAUUAUUCCUUGUGAUGUUCAACCCUGUGUAACUUUUUAAAAAUGAAGUUUCUCUGAUUGUAUUAAGUACUCAACUACUUUUUGAACAGCCAUGUAUAGUUAAUGAGGAAGAUAAUAGCUUCUUUUAAUGAAUGUCUACUGCUAAGCUUAUUGCAAGCUAAGGAGAUGGUUUCUUUCUUUGAGUGUAGUCCUUAAACUUAGUGUUCAUGCUAUUUAGAGUUGGCUAGGCAUUUCUGCUUUGAAGAGUAUUCCAUAUGGAUCUUAGAUUUUGGGUUCCUAAAAUUGGCAUUUUCUACCUCUAAACUGUCAAAUAUCAAGAGAAAUUCUUUACUAAGCCAUCUUCAUAGCAGAGGGCAAGAAAUGGACGUUGUGUAUAUCCUGGUAAAAUUGGCUGUUUUUUUCUGGCUGCAGGAGACUAAAUGAUUGAUUUUGGAGAAAAAUUAGCAUUCUAGAAAUGAACUCUUAAAAUAUAACCUCAGUAGUGAUGACCGAAAUGUCUGUAGGAGAUAAGAUAUGUCCAUUCCAGUUACUUUUGCUCAAGUUGUAAAAUUCUUUUAAAAUGAAAUGUUUUCCUCAGGAAAACACCUUAAAAACAAAUAAAGUUUUAUAAUUGCAUCAUUAUA